UAUUAUAGGUCCGUAAUGUAUGAAGUUCUAGCAGAAAACGGUGUUUGGGCAGUUUGUGGCCGUACUGCAGGUGUCGUAACUUUCGGUGAUGGUGCUGAGGAAAGAGCAGGGGAAGUUACUUUAGACGUCAUGCCCUUGUGCGGGGGAUAUUUGCCAACACCAUUGGUCCGGGUGUCUAGGUAUAUCCAUGGAGAAGCAGGAACGACAGACAAAGCAAGUAAAGGAGACGUUCACCCCAGAUUAGAACCAUUCAGCCCAGGGCAAGUUUACAACAAAAGCAAAGGGAAACAACUACACGUUAUAGCUGCCUCGAACGACUGAUGUGUUUGCAAGUUCUCAAAUACCCAGAUAUAUUUUCCAGUAAUGAUAUUAUUUCAGUUCGAAGGGUUAUUCUACAUAGUGUAGAAAAAAUAAUGACUGCAACAUGGAGAAAUCCUAUGAUUGCAGUAACAUCAGAUUUUGUUCAAGAAUGAAAAAAUGAAAAAAUGCCUACAUGUAUAGUCGACCCUCAAUUUUAAACGAAUAGUAACUCACUCUUGAUUACCCUCAAGUGGAGAUUCAACAUUUGCAUUUAUUCUUACAACAGACUUUCAAAAUUUCCGGAAUAAUCAGGAUUUUCAAUAUUCUCAAUACUUACAGGAUUUUUCAAAAUUUUCGAUUUCCAGAAAAUUCUGACUUUCUAAUAUUUUCAAAUUUCCUGAAUUUACAAAAUUUUCAGUUUUCGAAUUAUUGAAGAUGUCACACAAUUUUUAAACAGUCAAAAUUUUCAGAAUUUUCAGUUUUUAAAAUUUUCAGAUCUUAAUUUUUUUUUAAAACUCACUUUAUAAGGUUUUCAGACUUUUCAAUAUUUCAAAAUUUUUCAACUAAUGAAGUUUUCAGGUUUUUUGAAAUCCUACAAAAUUUUUGAAUUCCUAAAAAUUUUUGAUUUUUUCAAAUAUAUUUUCAAUACCUGUAGGAUUUUUCAAAAUGUUAGAUACUUCAAAUUUUUUAAAACUCAAUCCCCAGAACUUUCAAAAUUUUCAAUUUUGUUUGAAAAUCUACUUUUUCCAAAUUACAGUAUUUUCAAAAUUUCUAGUUUUCGUAAUUUUUAACGCUUACGGAAAUUUUAAUAAAAAUUGGAAAUUCUAAAAAUCUAAAAAAAGCAUUUUGAAAACCCUGAAGACCCAUGACGGCAACUGUUGCAGCCUACUGUGAAAUACAAAUGUUAAAUCUCUAGUUGACGAUCACUCAAGUAUCAACUAAGAAUAAAUGUGGAAGACUUGCGCACUGUGUGCGUAGCAGUAAAUAUUUGACAUACAGUGGAAUUUUCCACACACAAGAAUAAUGUUAUGACAGACCAGUCCUCUGUGGCGAGAGAAAUGCGCUUAGAUCAACAUGAAAUUUUGAAAAUAUUCUGCUUGUUAUAGCUCUGCCUCGAUGUGUCUCAUUUCUCAAAGUAUUUGCUCUAUAAUUCUAGAGGACAGUACAAAGAUAUGAAACAAUAUCAAACACUGUAUAUCAAAACUAAUUAGUUUUCAAAAAAGAAGAGCGCAAAAUGAAACAUUUCAGGACGUUCUCAAAUACUUUUUCCAAAUCUGAUUUUGGAUGUAGGCACAUUUUUUUAAUGCGUCAAAAUUUUCAUCGAAUUCGAAGCUUAAUUUUCCGGGAUUUCUCAACUUUUUGGCGUAGUAAAAAAAUAUAGUGCCCAAAUCAGGCAUGUUCCAUAUUUCUUAGGAUAUACUGAAUCAGUUUGACUCCAUUUUUGUACUAAAACUUCUUUUUCAAGUUAUACAGUGUCUGGUGUCCAAGAAAAAGUCUAGGAAUGUGUAUGCUUUAUUUGAAACACGUGUUUAUUUUUCAUUAUAAAAUUUGUUCUUAUUUGACUGAUUCUGUGCCAAUGUUGGUUUGUUUACUUGUGUAACAUUUAUGUAUAUUAUUUAUUUACUCAAUACAUCACAUGGUGCAACGAUUUUCAAGGCUAUUAUCGGUGAUCAAAUAUAAUUUAAUGGUAAAAAUGGGUUCGUGGGACAAAUAAGACGGGAAGACAUUGUCACGUUUCGUAAACUCGCGAGCUGUAACGUCAAUUCACGAUAAGUGGAACCACUGAUUAACAUAUUUUCCAAAAAGAUACAAUUUCCAUCGCGCUGUGGUCAAUAGGAUCACAGUAAUUAUGCCUUUAGAAAUAAUAAAACCAAUAUAAUUUCCCUUUAAAGAAAAUUAUAUGCUCAAACAUUACAUAAACCUUCCAACAAAGGAUCAACCUCUCUUGUAAUCUAUAUAAGUAUGGGUCACAACUAAAAUUCCACGACCUGGCUUGACGGGUCAUAUCUCAGAUCAGGCUCAAUGUUUUUGCUGCAGAGUACCUACAAAUGACCUAGCUUUUUCCCAGCAGCUGCCGCCAUUGACGAAAAGUGUUCGAGCCAGAUCAAGUCCUCGGAGAUUCUGGACUCGGACCAGCCGAAAUUAACGGCUCUUUGGCAGAACUCGGCCAUCCAUCGAAACCAGAUGAGCGCUAGGACGCUUUUUGUUCGUCAAGCUACAGUACUGUGUUUUGGAAGCAUUAAACUAUGCAAGAUUGUUGCGUUCCCAGGCAGUGACAACCUGUAGGUCUAUUAUCAGAGAGGAAGUCGCUGCUAGUCUUUUUAGAUAGCUGUCCAGCAGAGAUCGGCUUGUCGCUCUGGAUUCCUGCUUGUAGAGUGCUGUCAUCAGCAAAGCUGUGAAUUGGAUUGAUCGUACAGGAAAGGAGCUCGUUGAUAUGUAAGAGGAACAGUUUCGAAACCAAGAUCGAUCCCUAGGGAACACCCGCAUUGACAUUGUGGGAUAAAGAGGAGAACCCGUCAAUUACGACGUUUAUCUUGCAGCCAGAGAUAAAGUCAGUCACCCAUCUGCAAAGCUUCUCAGGAAGGCCAUAUGUUGGAAGUUUGCUUAAGAGGGCAGCAUGCCACAGCUGAUCGAAUGCCUUCUUGAUAUCAAGAGCAACGACAUGGGCCUCACCAUAAGACUGUUUAACCUCAACAUUGCGAUAUGAUGAUUUAUUCAGCAGAUAUUUGAGUCGAAAGUGAUUUUUUGGAAAUUAUUCACUAGUCUAUUGUGCUGACAAUACCAAAAAUGUACAAAAUCAAUUUUUUUUCUAUGAGAGAUUCCAGGGUCCUUAUGUAAAUGUAAUUUUGCACUCCGGCUUUUAACAGGUUAACUGCCAUAGAGGUCAUAAUGACCGCUAGGUAACAUGGCCAAUUUUGCCGUGGCGGUCAUUAUGACCGCUUAGAGGAACUACGUGGUCUUGCCUAUCUACCAUGUAUGACCGCCGACUGAAUGUUAAUUGUGCCGGAAAGAUGACCGCCCGGCGUGUGUGAACACGUGUGAUAUAGAAAUUUUUCGGUUGAGUAUUUUUUACAUUAGAAAUAUGGAAAUAAAUCAAGGACAACAUUUCUAUCUUUUAUUAGUAAGUAAGUUACAAAAUAGUGGAAAUAUCUACGCAAUAAAAUAAACACUGC